CUCGUUGCGAGUUCAGUUCUUCACACACCUUGAAGACGGCGUGACAUACACACUCACGCCUCCGCUCGUUUUUGGUGCGAAUUUUGGUGAAAGUAUCGCUGUGAAUUCGUGAAAAACGCUUCAACAUCUUGCAGUCUCGGUGUUCCGCGUGUCGAAGGUCGAAUUGUGUGCGAAACGUGUAGAGUACGCACAAUAUGACGGAUAUCGCUAAUCUACAGCAACAGGAUAGCAGCAGCUAUAGUGGCGGCGACGGUGACGCUGAUCUGGGCAGUGGCACGAUGAGCGGAUUUGAUCAGAAUCAAAGCUCGGUUGCGGGCGAUGAAGGGAACAACCCAUCGCUGUUCAUACGGCUACGCGGACUCCCGUGGAGCAUCACCGAGGAGGAGAUUCGCAACUUUCUGCACGACGUCAACAUACUGCACGUGCACAUAGGCGUGAAUCCGCUGACCAAGCGACAAACCGGCGAAGCAUACAUUCGUGUCGCGUCCGCCGCCGACCGUAACAAUGCGUUCUCCCGCAACAAGCAAAUCAUCGGCCACCGGUACAUUGAGUUCUUUAACGCUACCGAAGAGCAGUACGAAAUGGCGCUCCAGGAGAUGGAAGACGAAGAGGACGGUGGUCCGGUGGUGAAGCUGCGCGGUCUGCCCUGGACCAGCACGAAGGACGAUGUGAAAGCAUUUUUCCAGAGCUUGACGAUUAAGAAUGGCUAUAAUGGGAUACUUUUGCUACUGGACAACCUGGGACGGGCAUCUGGGGAGGCGAUUGUAGAGUUUGCAUCUGAGGCCGAUGCUGAAGCGGCCAUGGGAAAGGACAAAGAGAAGAUUGGGAACAGGUACAUCGAGCUUUUCCGCAGCAGCACCCGCGAGAUGAAGCGGGCUGAAAAGCGUCUCCGACGUAUGACACCCUAUGGACGCAACGAUCGCAACUCGGGCGGUGGAGGCUACUCACAGAUGUCCGACCAAGCUUACGGUCAAGAUUACUCCGAUGGCACAAUGGGAGGUAACGUGAGCGGUGGAUGGAACGAUCGCUCGAAUGGCGGCUAUGGCAAUGGUGGCAGUGGCUACAGUGCCAACUCAAGCAAUAUGGGUCAAAUGUACUCCCAGGGAAACAAUGGCAACUCGGGUUCGGGUAUGUCCAAUAAUUUGGGUAACAUUGACAUCUUGCGUCUGCUGCAGGAUCAGCUAAUAGAUCGAGGUGGUGGCACCAACUAUGGCUCGGGACGUAGCGGCAGCCCGUCGGGUGCCGGUAUGAGCAGUGGCGGUGGCGGUGUAAGUGUCGGCGCGAACAGUUACAGCACAAGCGCUGGCUAUGGUUCCGGAUCCGGUGGCAAUUCGGGCGGUGGAGAUAUGCAAUCGAUGAUGAGCAUGGACCGUGGUGGGGGCAGCAGCGGCAGCUACCGCUCUUCCGGACCGAUGUCCAACAGCUACGGUGGCUACUCGUCCGGCAUGGGCAGCAGCAAUAAUUCCAACAUGGGAUCUUACAGCAACAGCAGCUACGGGUACGGUUCCGGUGGUGGUAACGGUGGCGGCGGCGGUUACGGUUCGAUGAACAACUACGCCAACAAUGACUUUGCCGGCGACGAACCGAACCUGUACUGUGUGCAUAUGCGCGGCAUGCCGUUCAGCUGCGACGAGCAGGAUAUGCACGAUUUCUUCAUGCCGCUCCGGCCAGUCAAGUGUGUGGUGCAGAUGAACAGCCGCAAGCGUCCGUCGGGCGAGGGCGAUGCGUACUUCGAAACGAAGGAGGAAGCCAUCAAGGCGAUGCGAAAGGACAAGGAAAAGAUGGGCUCCCGGUACAUCGAGCUGUUUGCCGGCCAGCGUCACUUUGGCAGCGCUGGCGGUAACGUCGGGGGUGGUGGACUUGGCGGUAUGGGCGGUACCCAGUUCCCGAAGAAGUACUUUAACUGAGACCGUUCGUCGAGGCGGGAGACCGGCAUAAGAUGAGAUUUUUUUUUUAUAUAUGUCCUCACCUUCAUUAUCAAAUCCAUUAUCGUUAACCGCGCUUCGGCCGAGCUGCGGGAAGCUUUGAUUGUGGGUUCCAUCGUGAACGUUUUACAUGAACACAACAAUAUUACGAUCCGUCUGUACCAUUUUGCUGUGUAUCCUGCUCCGCAAAAUGGAUCCUCACAGGAUGAUGAUAUCGUCUAAUUCUAUAUAUAUGUAGUAUGACAAACUUUACGUUAUUUUUAACCCGCUGACCAGCCGUACGCCGCUUGUGUUGGGUUUGUUCCGUUUUGUUUUUUUUUCGUUGAGAGCAUUUGUUUCGCCAAUGUCUCGUGUAAAGGAAAUACAAACAACAGCUGAUAAUCAGAAUUACUUUAACAAUCCCAAAACUAAUGUGCUGGGCGUGGUGGAUAAGUGGACGUAGCUGAAACAAGAGGGUAGCUGCUGAGCCGUAUUAACAAAACAAACCCGCUCUUUAUACACAGUAAGCCCUAACCCUGAUAUGGUGGUGGUAGUGAGUAUGAUGAUCACGAUGUUAAUACUUCUGCAUAUGGCGCGGUGGUUUGGUGGGAAGCUGGUGAUUGCGAUGGAUAAUGUAUAGCUCUUAAGGUUACACGCCGUUCAGAGAGGGGAUGCUCGAAGCUAGGGAAGACGACUCAAUUCUUAUAACAAAACGUUAGAGACACUUUCAAUCUGCAGCCGAAACAGAACAUAAACCGCAGUAGCUGAUCAGAACUCCUGUAUUGGGUAAAGAGAUUUUCUGUUCGUUUGUUCGUGACUGUAGCGUAAUUCUGCUUAUACUUUACUAGUAAUAAAAUUUCCACAAAACCACACACAACCAUGUAUAGAGGUAAACUGGCAAAUCGAUGUGGCGCGUGUUCCGGAACACACACACACCCGAGAACCGAGAAAGGGUGGUGUAAGUUAAGAGCUAUCAAGAUAUAAAAUAAUAAUAGGGCGUGAAGAAGGAAGGCCAAGUGCAACAAAAAACAAACCCCCCACAUGGAGUAAAUAAACUGACACCCAAUUUAAAAUCGA